AUGCCUAAACCAACUUGUAUACAAUGUGGUACCAAUGAUUCUUUGCUCUGGCGAAGCGCGGAAAACGGGGAAAUAUGCAAUGAAUGUCACCUAGCAAAUAGCUCAAAUAAAGAAGCAAAACUUGAUGCUUCGACUGUAAAAUCUGAAACUGACGAUAAGAAAGAGGAUAAGGAAGACGUAGAAACGAAGAACGGAAAAAAUGAGAUUGAAUCUACUCCUGCGAAAGCCACUGGAAAAGGGACACGAAAAAGUACUAGAGCCACUCGCUACAAGUCGAAAAUUCCAGCUCCUACGCCGUCUAAACCUCCUGCACCGCGUGGAAGAGGUCGUCGGAGUAUUUUUAAGCGUCAGCCUCUUAAAGCUCCUACUGCUACAGCUACUGUUGUGACUAGUGACUCAAUAUUUUAUAAGGGUAGUUACAUGCAAGUUGGAGAUAUUGUUUCAAUGAUAGAUGUAGAAGGGGGUACAUACUAUGCACAGAUCCGAGGUUUCCUCACAGAUCAGUAUUGUGAAAAGAGCGCAGUUGUCACUUGGUUGCUUCCAACCAAAGCAAGCCCACCUCCAGAACAGUGUUUUGAUCCUGCCACCUACAUUAUUGGUCCAGAAGAAGAGUUGCCACGUAAAUUAGAUUACAUGGAGUUUGUAAUGCAUGCUCCUUCUGACUACUACAAGGCUAGCAACACUCCUUACCCCUUAACGGACACGGAACUCAAUGAUUAUAAUGGUUUUAUUUGGACUACAUUGGAGCCUAAGGAAAGAUCAUAA